AUGGUUUCAAAGCGAAGCGAAAACGCACGUAAUAACGGUCAAGCGAAGUCACAUCAAACUUCUGAGUUUGACACUCCAGAGAAUACCGAACAUGACCUAUGCAACGAGAUUCAUUUUCGGUUUGGAAAACUCUCGAAAAUGACAGGAGCAGAGAAGGACUCUCUUAUGUUUGUACUCUUUCCUCUUGUGGCCGCUAAAACCUUAUGCUGUAAUUCAGUUGGCUCCGUCUGUAUUCUGGUUUACUGGCUUCUUGUUCGUGUUCUUGCAAAUGUGGAAGAGUUCAACAUUGAGGAUACAGAGGCUGCGUCAAACCUUGCGAAAGCUAUAAAAGAGCUGUGGAUUAGCGUAUCGACAAAGUUGUUCACUCUCAAGCUUUAUCAGUCAAAUCAACAGGAACGAUUCUCGCAAACGCCUACGGGCACUGGAAGUUUUCCACCAGUUUCUUGGCUUGCAGCCACAAACGAUACCCGCUUCUUCUACAUCUUCACAGGGGCUUUGAAGCGAAUCCUAGAAAAGAACACUGUGUCGCUUGCGAAGUUGGGGAGAGUUGUACGACAGUUUGAUAUCAUUGUCGAAAAUGAGGACCUUCCAGAAGGAGUGGUCGAUUUCUUAAUAAGUUUCGUGCUUGACGCUGUGGGCCUGUACCGCGACGAACUCCUGCGAACCCCAAAUGAACAUAAGCAAAAUUUAAACAGGUGGUGGAUGUCCCUAGGAGAAGAGGACGACGCUCGCGAAAAAUUUUUUAACAAGCUCUCGGAGGCAAGAGUGGAUUGGAGCGGCCGUGCAAGAAUAGCAAUAGGGAGAGCACUCGCAGACAUCCGCACUUACCAUCUUGACCCUGAAAGAGACGCGCUUCUUCCGUCAAAAAAAAAGCGUGUUGUCAUCGAAGGCAGCGAAGGGAGCAGUAUCAUUAAGGAACUAGUGAUUGAGAAGGCUGAAUGCGUUGGAGAUGAAAGAGAUUGA